AUGAGUUACGAUGAGAAGGUCACACAGGGUUUCUCGUCAGUUCUGUGCACAGAUAACCUAGUAUUCCUCGGACACCUGGGCCCAUAUUCAAAAAUAUCGAUAUUUAAGUUCAAAAACGACAGGUCGUCUCUAAAGUUUGUAGGAUUCUUGUCCCCAAUCAUUGGAACAGUGAAGAAGUUGCUGGUCACAAGCGACAAAAAAAAACUAAUAUGUAACACAAAUUGCGGGUACAUAUACGUCUGGGAUAUAUCGGAGGAAACGAUCGACAAAUUCGAGUCACUAAUAAACAACCCGUUGUACAUAGACGGAUACAUCCCAUUGGCAUUGAGAGUGAGACCAGACGUAGUAAUUGAGUCGAAAAACCUAGCACAGUGCAUAGAUAUAGAUCUUUUGUAUAAUAACGUGAUAAUAGGAGUUGAAAAAUGGCCGGAAUUGACAGUAAAUUUAUACGACUGUACGACUGGACAAAAGUUGGCAUCGUUUCAAAACCUGCUGGGAGAAGUUUAUGAUAAGAGGAAAUACAUAAGGUGUAUAAAGGCAGACAGCCAACUGGUGAAAGAAGGAGAUGAAGUUAAGGGACAAUGGGUAGCAAUAGGAUCAGAUAAAGGACAGUUGCACAUGGUAUUCGUGCCAGCAUUCGAUGUAAAGGAUUUUAACGUGGAAAAUAUUGACGUUAAACUGAAUUCGUUCAGUAUUUCAGAAAACAUAAACAUAAACACAAUAGCAUGGAGGUUCAGAAACAAAACGUCGUCGAACUUGACAGUGAUUUGCGGAUGCUCGGACGGAACAAUAAAGUGUUUUGUGUUAAGCUCAGGAGAAGAAAAGUUGAACAUGGCGAAGCAGGCAUCAUACCUGUACUCAAAGGCGGCAAUCUCAGCGACAGUGAACAAGAUUCUGUGCGUCAAGGACGGAAGAACAGGAGUGCCCUUCCUAAUAGGCUCAUGCAACAUGAUCGGAGAGCUGGGAAACUUCGAGUUCGGAGAUCUGGCGACAAACUGCGUGUUCGAGGGAGUGUACCAGAAGCUAAUGCAGGACCAGUCUGACGACGUGAUGUCGUUCGCAAAGGUGCAGGAGUACAUAACGGACCUGUCAAUAGCGCCAACCAACAGUCACGUGGUCAUGGUCUCGACGAACGACAGCGUGUACCUCUGCACGGAGAGCAUGGAAAUGAGCAGCAGAACGCCCUGGAGCAAACCAGUGAAAAAGGGGAACAGUUUGGGGUCCCUGAGGCACAUAAGAAUAUACGGCACGAGAUAUAAGAUAGAAAAGAUACAAAAGCUGUGCGAAAACUUCGAGAAGGCGUGCUGGAGGAGCGUGAGAAUAGCAGAGGAGAAGGCGUAUCUGCAGAAGUACCAUUUUCUGAAGCACUGCUUGACUCUGAUAAAGCUAUAUAGACAAAAGGGGCUAGAAGCAUUCUCAGCCAUUAAACCGGGCCAAGAUACGUGUAAAAUAUCGGAUUUGAUACUGAAUAUGUACGACGGGACUAAUUCUAGGGAGUGCUUGGCGUUUGCGACGACGAUACUAGAAAAGCUGAUAUAUAGUGUGAAAUCAAACUUUGUUACUCAGGAUUCCAUUGAUGAAGUUUCUGAGAAAGCAGGGGGCAAUGUGUAUAAAAGCCAAUUGAUUAAAAAAAUAAAUCUAAAGUCGAUAAGUGGUAAGGAUAUGGAUAAAAUAAAGGACAUAGUUACUACAUUAAAAAAAAGAGUGAAGUUGGAAGAAGACCACGGCAGAAGCCCUGAGGUGCUGGGCUACACGAAAGCAGAGUUGGAGAAGAUGAUUGGCCUAUAG